AUGGUCGUCCGAGGGCUGUGGAACUUUGUGAAGCGCCACAGGAAGAAGCUCAUAGCGAGUGGCAUCAUCGCUGGUGGGAUAUGGUAUGCCCUGCGUGUGUACCUUCCGAGAGCGCAGCAGCGGAUGUUUGACGAGUUAAUGAAGGCCCUGCAGGAAAGUGGGAGUUCCUCGGACGACAAUAAGGCUCAGCAGAGGGGUCGAGUGCGGUUUCAAGAGAACCAGCUCGUCUCCGAUGACUACGCGCGCAAGGGCCUGCGCUCCUACGAGCCAAAGCAUGCCGGCUGCUUCAAGGUUGACAAGUGCCAACAGGAGGUCAAGGAAGCCAAGGGCAAAGACAAGAAGAUCAUUGCUUUUAAAGCGCUGCAGGAGGAAUGCCUGUCUCUGUUGGCCUCUGCAGUCUACUCGAUCCACGUCAACCUCCUGCUGCACCGCAUCAUAAAUAAUAUCGCUGGCCGUGAGGCACCUGGAAGUUCGGGUGCCCGUGAAGCCCUGUUCUAA